ACUGGGAUUGUCUCAGCUCCUUACAGAUAUUAAGAAGCAUUAUGAAAAGAUUAUACACAGGAAUCAGAUGGAAUUAGACGCUUGUCUCAACACUCAGUUACUGGAAGUCAGUGAUGCAGAGAUGAAUAAGAACGAGGAUUCUCUGCAGGCAGCCCGGGCAGAGCUAAACAAUGCCCGACGUCAAUGGCAAACCCUCCAGCUGGAAAUUGAAUCUCUUCAUGCAUUGCAGAAGGGUUUGGAGAAUUCCCUGCAGGUGACCGAGCAGAGGUACGAGGUACAGCUGAAGAAUCUGGCGGCUGUGAUUCGAGAGAUGGAGGGCGAGUUACACGGUGUGAGGAGAGAUAUCGAACACCAGGUUUGGGAACACGAACUGUUGCUCAACACAAAGAUGAGAUUGGAGAGUGAGAUCGCGAUGUAUCGUAGCCUACUGGACAGAGAGGAGGACAGACUCUCUGGGGCUACCUCUAGUGGCUGUCAGUCAUCCCUCAGCAGUUUAAGUCAAAAAGACAUGGCCCUCCCUUCGGCUGCAGCCAUCGCUAGCCACCUGGAGCAGAGAAUCCAGAUGGUGACGACUCAGGAAAUUCAAGGUCAAAAUGCAGUGGCUGGGAGUUCAAAGGCUCAUGGCAAAAUUCAGUCGGAGAAAGUGGAUGAGGUUAUCAAGGAAUGGGAAUGCUCCUUUUUCAAGGAUAAUCCACACCUUCGGAAGAAAUCGACAUCCCUCCGGUUUGAUCUGCACCUAGCAGCAACAGAUGAAAGCUGUUCACAGACCAAACAAGGCAGCCUUCCUGAUAUUGAACUCAGGCUGGUAAUGAGAAAGUCAAGCAGCAUUCCAUCUCUGAAAUCAUAACGCUCAGCAAAGCACAGCAUAACCAGUGUGAUAUACAGCACACACCAAUGUCAAUCUCUACUUGCAGCUGUUGCAUUAUAUUUAUUCGUGUAUAGAUGGGAAUUGGGGAGGGUAGGAGUGUUCUUUAAAUAUUUAUUAAAUUUCUAAAUGAACUAGGGUGCAUGAAAAACCAUCAGUUCAUUAAUCAAAGUGUAUCUUACUCCAAAGCAGAAUCCUGUAGAUGCCAAUAACUGGAAAUUUAAACAAAAAUUGCUGGAGAAACUCAGCAGGUCUGUCAGCAUCUGUGGAGAGAGCAAUGUUUUGAGUCCAGUGAACUUUUUGAAAACUGGUUGUCAAGUUGAAAUGUUAACUCUGUUU